UCCAACAGCCGAGCUUCAAGUACCCUUGUUUCUUCCCCGCAUCUUGAGCAGCUCAUGGCAAGCUUUCUUCGAAGCUAUAUUGGGAGCUUUACUCGUCUGUGCACAGUCAGAAGCAAUUCUCUUUCAUCCCAGCAUCUACUCUUUCCAACAAGACUAUACCAUCAAUCCUUCAACAUGGCAAAGAGCAGGGUUCUGGUCGUCGGCACUGGUGGCAUUGGCACCAUGUCUGCCUAUGCCCUUGAGAACGGCGGUUUGGCUGAAGUCACUGCCGUUAUGCGAUCCAACUACGACGCUGCCGUCAAGGAUGGUAUUGACAUCGAUUCGGUGCAAUACGGUCAGAUCAAGGCCUGGAGGCCGACAGCUAUCACCAAGACUGUUCCCGACGUUUCCAAGGGCGACGUCGCACCCUUCGACUUCAUCCUCGUCACAACUAAGAACAUCCCCGACGUCCCUCCCACGGUGGCCGAUAUCAUCGCCCCAGCCGUAACCCCCGGCAAGACAGCCAUCGUCCUCUCCCAAAACGGCAUCAACAUCGAGAAGCCCCUCAUCCCUCGAUUCCCCACCAACCCUCUCAUCAGCAGCGUUGCCUACACAGGCGCGACCGAGACGGCGCUCGCAAAGAUCUACAACGACGAUCCGGACACUCAAAAGAUUGGCGCCUUUGUUAACCCUCAGGUUCCUCCUGCUGUGGCGGCCGAGGCUGCGCAGUGUUACGUUAGGAUCUAUAACCCGGAGGGAAAGCUCAAUGUCAUUUAUGAGCCUGAUGUUGGCAAGGCGCGAUGGAGGAAGAUUGCCUAUAACGGGUCUAUGAACCCCAUUGCCUCUAUCUUGCGAAUGGAUACCCCUCGUAUGCGAAUGAGCAGACACAUUAUCGAUGACCUGAUCCUCCCCAUCAUUCUCGAGAUCCGCGCCGUUGCUGAAGCCAACGGCGUCACUCUGCAGCCUGAUCUCAUCGACGCAGUCAUGCACCAGGAUCCAAACGAUACGGCGUUCAAGCCCAGCAUGUGCCAGGAUUACGAGAAGGGGAACUUGAUGGAGAUUGAGAACCUUAUCGGCGAGCCUUUGCGUGAGGGUGAGAAGCUGGGUGUCCCGAUGCCCACGCUUCGCGUUGUGUAUGGUAUCAUGAAGGGGCUGCAGCUCAAGGUGAAAGAAGAGAAGGGCUUGUGGACGGCCAAGUUUGAGCCUGGUAACCCUUACGAGUAG